ACAUGUGCCUGCGUUGAUGCUCUCAGAAUACUCCACCGCGUUUUCCGGUCCGUCUCCACAGGGGUCCAGCGCAGAGCAGCGACGAUGGAAGGGUCUCAGGUCUCACACAGUCAUCCCUAUGAACCAAGGGACUUGCAGCUUCCUGGUUUUGUUCCCUUAGUCCUCUCUCAGUCCACCAUUGUUGGAGUCUACGGUGUCGCUUCUCUUCUCGUCGUCUCUUUCAUCUGGAUCUUCUCAGGACGCCUGGCCAAGAGAACAAUUGAUCGUGUGUUAAUGUGCUGGUGGGCCUUCACAGGCCUCACACACAUUAUUCUUGAAGGCUAUUUUGUUUUCUCCCCAGAAUUUUACAAGGAUAAGACUGCCAACUACUUGGCUGAAGUUUGGAAGGAAUAUAGCAAGGGGGAUUCAAGGUAUGCUGCAAGGGAUGCCGGGAUUGUUACUGUUGAAGGAAUUACGGCAGUUUUGGAGGGUCCAGCUAGCCUUUUGGCUGUAUAUGCAAUAGCUACUGGAAAGUCAUACAGCUACAUACUUCAGUUUGCUAUUUCUUUAGGACAGCUAUAUGGAACUGCUGUAUAUUAUACAACAGCCAUUUUGGAAGGUGACAACUUCUCUGCUAACACGUUUUACUAUUAUGCAUACUACAUUGGAGCAAAUUUCUCUUGGAUUGUGAUCCCUUCACUCAUUUCCAUUCGCUGUUGGAAGAAAAUCUGUUCGGCCGUCCAGAGCCAAGGCCAGACCAAAAAGGCUAAAGUUCGCUGAUGCAGGGUUUCAGAUUAUCAGGUUUUCAAAAUGAUCAAGUAAUUAAUAAUGGUGUAUUGGUGGAGGUUAAGCAUGGAGAGAAUUUUCUACUUAUCCACAGAGCAUGAUUAGUUAUAAAUUUUCAGAUAUGCUAGACGUUUAGAUAUUUAAUUCUCUUAAAUUUGCUUAUCCUGGGAUGAAAAAUUUCACCAUGGCCACGAUGGAUAUUCAGAAUUUACUCAUUAAUGCACUAGUUGGAUUUCUUCUGUUUUU